CCCACUUGCCUACUUUUAUGCUCCACAAAUAGCGGUCACAUCAGGCUGGGCUGAGUGAAGCCUGUCAGUGACUCAAUUACCACUACCAACGGCUGAUGUCCACAGCCCACAGCUACUGCUGCUGCAAUACUGACACAUCGCCAAUCCACAACGCGGGUUUACAUGCCCAAUCGAAUGGCCCCCUUGGCUUCAAAUGCGACGCAUACAGAUGCACACACAAAUAUUACCGUGUAGCUAGUUGGCCUAGGGCUUACGCUUACGCGGGUCUACUGUUGUUUCGGAGUUGCUGCACGAGGCAGACAGCUAGAUAGACAGACAAAUCGCGUCAUGAUCAUCUAUCUAUCUACAGGAUGUUCGCAGCAACACUCGAUGCACGUCGCAGAG